AUGAACGUGACACGCCAUAACUUUUCCAAGUGUCUAAGUGAUCUACAGAAAGACUUAAAACUACCUACGUGUCGUUUUGUAGCCAUUGACACGGAAUUUACUGGUCUAUCACCUAAUGAACUGGAACGUGAACAGUAUUUGGAUACACUGGAGGAACGUUACCGUAAGGUAAAGCGUGCAGGUGAGAGUUUCCUUAUCACACAAUUUGGAUUAUCGACUGUGCAUUUAAACAAGAAAGAUCAGUUUCAUAUCAAGACGUGGAACUUUUACAUAUUUCCUCGACCUUAUGGCUCACUGGAUGAACGCUUUUUGUGUCAAGCCUCGAGUCUUCAGUUUUUAUCCGAACACGGCUUUGAUUUUAACAAAUUCAUUGGAGAUGGCAUCCCUUUUGUCAAUUUGUCCACGACUACGGCAAUGAAAAAGCGUCUAAAACGUCGUGUAGAUGGUCUAACGAAGAUCAAUAAGAAUUUACAGCUAUCGGAUGAUGGUGUGGCGUUUGAAAAAGAAGUAAAGGAGCAAUUGGACCAGUGGAUUGCUGACGGAGCGAAGAAGGGUGAAACGUUACUUGUACCGACGAGGAACUCAUUCUACUCAAUGAUUGUACAUGAGACUGCACGUGCUAGGGCUAGCUAUCUGUACUCGGAAGGUGUCGAAGGAGGUGUCGAAGUGUCGUACGUGUCCAAAAAGAUUAAGGACGAACGUAUUGCUGCGAAGGUCAAGGAGAUGCAGCACGAGAUGGACGAUGCAAUUGGCUUUUCCAAAGUUAUUGAAGCUUUGAGUGAGAGCAAGUUGCCUGUUGUCGGACAUAAUGCGCUGUUGGACUUCGUCUAUGUCUUCCACCAGUUCUAUAAGCCACUUCCCGAGACGCUGGCGGAGUUCAAAUCGCAGCUUCUAGAGCUAUUUCCGACCAUCUACGAUACCAAGCAUGUUACACUACGUUCUCCUCUUGGCGAAAAGCUGACAUCUACGAGUCUGUCAUCGUUGUUUGAGUACAUGCGCGAGAACGUCAAGCCUGAGCCUAAGAACUUGAUCCCGAGUGACAAGCGCUUCGACACGUACCGUGAAGCACUUAAGGCUGAGGCCGAUGGCAAUGAAAGCUCCUUAUGCCACGAGGCUGGAUUCGACGCGUUUAUGACAGCUGUCUGCUUCUUAGGUCUGCUGGCCCACGACGCCAAGGGUGAGCUGCCUGACCAGUUGGUGCCUAAGGAAGGUAGCUCUGCUCGUCUCAAAUUGCGUCUGGAGGAAUUGGAGUGCUUCAAAAACCAGCUGAAUCUGAUGAUCUCGGACGAGAGCUUCCUGGAUCUGGGCAACGUCUCGCAGACGAUUGAUCGUGCUCGUGUGUAUCGUGUAUCCAGUACCACAAAGCGCCGGAUUCAGCACGUGCGCAUGGAGAACGUGUUUGAGUCGUCCAAAGUGCAACGCAUUGUGCGUGAGAGCGACCAGGACGCGUUCGUGAUUCUGACGGAGCCUGUGGAAGCGGUAGACGACGAAACUAAGGCCAAGUUUGGUGUGAAUGUCACUACGUACGAUGAGCAUGUGGCUGCUGAAGCUAAGAAGUCCCAACUUGAGGUGGCAGAAGCUGACCGCAAGGUAUUCGAUAAGAUCACAGCUGCUCACGCAUCAACAACAACCAGUGACGAGAUAACCGUCACUGAUGCCAAGGAAGACGCGUUUUCGUGGAAUCGCUGCACCAUUUCAUAG